GAAUGGACGUGAGACGAGAAAAGCGAGCUGGGGAAGGGUGCCAGCUCCAAUCUGUUGAAGUGUCACCGCGCCGGCCCUAAACUCUCAUCACCCCGUGCCUGCGCGCCUAAUCCCCGGCAGCGCACUCACAACGCACUGGCACACCGCAGCCCGAGUGGCACCGACGCAGGCCAACAACUUCCCUCCAGCCAGCUUCCCAACGGCCUUUGUCUGCCAGUUAUCAUCUGAUGCCUCCGCCAGACCCCCAGCUCUACCGCGACCCGUGGGGAAAGCGCGAGGCUUGGCGCAAGCACCCUGUGUUCUCCCGUCGUCAAAUGUUCGCCCGUGCAUUCCCUGGUUUCGGCGUUGCUCUGGUCGCCUUCACCGCAUACGUGAUUGCAGAUAAUUUGCUGACAAAGGGCAAGGCUCAUUGAGACACGUCGUGAGCUGGAAUAGUUGGGCAGAUACAUACCAGUCUCAUAGGUCAGGAACCAUAUAGUUCUUACGCGCCCGUAGCGUGACCCCACGAGCUCCCUCCGCUGCUCUAGCAUCGCCUUGUAGUCCGCAAUGUCCUCACCAGCGAUGUAGACACCCUCGGAAUGAUACGCCGUCGCCGGGUUUACAUCCUUGCGACAUGUGACUCCCGAAUAUCACCCUCGAUGCAGCAUCUACUAUCUCUCUUGUCGGUCUUCCUGUAUCUAUAGUUUGCGCACUAAUCGCACUAGCC